AUGGCGUGGGUCGUGAAGAGCAAGUUCACUUUCAUCGAGGUGGCAGAGCGCACGCCUUUGCCGACCCGCCCGAGAAGCGUUCCACCGAGAUUGAAGGUCGAAGUUGAGAGCACCCAGGACAGGUACCUCGCAGAGGUGUUGGGGCACGCAGCAAAUUUGCAACCAUUGCCAGCAGUUCCAGCUACGACGCAACCUUCUCCACCGCCCGCUGCCGAAGUGACCGAGACAGCAGUUCCAGAACCAAUUGCUGCUGAACAUAUUCCCGGCAGCCUAGGUCAUCCAGAAUUUUGCCGCAGGCCUUGCGUACUCUUCGCGCGUGGGAACUGUCAAGCUGGUUGGGAUUGUCUCUACUGCCAUCAUGCAGAGCAUCGCGACACGUUUCGCCCGACCAAGCGUCUUCGGGAGAAAUUGGAUCGAUUGACCGUUCCAAGCAAGUUGCUCCUCUUGCGCAAUUGCUUAGAGGUCAAAGCGGCCACAAUGCCGCACGAGCUUCCUUCUAUUCAAGCUCUGCGCAACGUGAUUGAAGACGCGUGGGCCAAUGCAGACCAGCAGGCAGCCGCGGAUGUGCGCUCCCUCCAGACACAGCUGUCCGCUCUGCCUAUUAGUGUCUUGCUCGGCAACCAGGUGAUCGGUAGCUUUAGUCCCGAGCUUUACAACUCCAUUCAGGAGCAGCUUUAUUUGCUCAAGUGGGCCAGGACAGCGCCUUUGUGA